GGCACAGAUGUGUUAACAACGUAAACACGAUUUUUUAUCAGAAAAAAAAUAGCCCUCCAUUAAAGUAUGUAGGGAUUCGAGGAGGGGCGAUCGCGUGGUAAUGAUCACUUGCCGGAUGUGCUUAUUCGUGACUAAAAUUAUGCAUGGAAGGUCUUAUUACUCGUGUGUCUUCUAGGCCUCAUCAGUUUGAGUAGAUAUUUGGCAUACGCUUCUUUCAUAUCAGUGUCGCUAUGAAUUCAAACCAAACAAACAAGUUGCAAAUUAUUUAAAUGAUAUAAAUACAUGAAACAACAAUUUAAUCUAAGCUUACAACAUAUUCGAGUAUCUGAUAAAGAAAGCACUUAAACAUUCCGAUAAUAUUAACAGGUUAUCUCAGGUAACGCUAACGUGGGUGUAGGAAUCGAUUAAUAUUAUUUUUUAAGCAUAUCAGUGCAAAGGUUUCUACAUUUGCUCCAGUGGACUUUUCAAUAACUCGCCAAGAAACGAAAUAGUGUGGUACCUUCAAAGAUUCAGUAUCAGAAGUAUCAGUUUUAAAAAUAAUUUGGAUGGCAGAUGCUAGCAAAGAGUGUGUUAUGCAGGAAGUAAAGAAAGAUUGGCAAGACGGAAAGAAUCUAGGACAAUGCAUGUUGGAAUUGUUUCAACAGGGUCUCUGGACAGAUGUCGUAUUUAAAUGUAUGGACCAUGAUAAAGGGGAGGGAGUGAUUAAAGCACACAAAAAUGUGCUUGCAGCUAGAAGUUCCGUAUUUCAGGCGAUGUUCUUCGGUCCCUGUGCUGACACAACAGAUGUAGUAGAGCUUAAAGAUAAAGAGAAAGAGAUACUUUAUUUAUUCCUUGUGUACAUAUACAGUGACUCGAUUACGUUAACAGAAGGUACUGCUUUUGCAGUUUUGGAAAUGGCUCAUUAUUACCAGGUGACAAAUCUUGUUAAGUUAUGUUCAGAGUUUUUAAAAACUGUAUUAACAGCAAGUAAUGUAUGUGAAACUCUGACGUUAGCAAGGUUUUACAACCUGUAUGGCCUGAGAGACGCAUGUUGUUCCUUUAUUGAUAGUCACGCACAAGACGUUAUACAAACGGAAAGUUUCAUGAACAUAUCUGAAGAUUGUCUUUUAUAUAUUCUUAAAGGGGAUACACUUUAUGCUGAGGAAGAAUACAUUUUAGAAGCAGUGGAAAGUUGGGCACGCAGAAAAUUGGGAGAGAAAGAUGUGGCAGUGAGCGGUACAGAUAUACGUAAACGUAUCGGAAAAUCGUUUUACUUUUUGAGACUGCCCACAAUGUCUUCUCAAACAUAUCGCGAGUCAGUAAGCAGAAAGGGAUAUUUUUCUGUUGAAGAAUAUGCAGAUAUUGCGGCAUUUAUUCACAAAAACGAAAAUAUAUCCGUUACUACUAACUCGUGCCUAGCAAGAGUACACGAACUUGAAACAGUGAAUGUAAAUAACCAAGAUGGAGAAACAAGAUACUUCAAAAAUCUUCAUAUUUCCUUCGAAACUACUAUGCUUAAGAGUGCCUUCUUGUCUCGUCUUGUCCUUGGUGAUAUCAAUCCGUAUUUGGUAAACACGCAAGAUAUCUAUACCAGUGGAGGUAAUAAAACUUUUGUCGGGGACGCCCGUUUCGACUAUUCGCAGCCCAAGAACAUUAAAUACAAUUUCUUUCAAGAGCAAGUCGUGAAAAUUUCAACCCUCGAGCGUCCAAGACAUCGGAAUUACUACGCUUCAAAAAUGGUUAAAAUAGAUCGGUUCAAACUUCCUGUGAAUUUAUGUUUUUUUCUUUCGGGAAGUAUCAGUGUCAAUGACAUAGGCUUUGAAGAGGAAUUCAAAGUGCAGCAAUUUAAUGCAACAGAUACUGAAGUAAAUCUAACAAAACCUUUAUUGUUAGAGAAAAGGACCGCUCCGUAUAUCGUCAAUGUCACCAUCCGAUACAGCUGCAGCAGUGAAUUAGAACUUGAAGCCAGAUGCAGUGCAAACAAGGAACUUGUUACUAGUGACACAGGAAUGAUUCGCAUUCAAUGUGUAUCUACAUAUGAUUCAGGAAUCAAAGGUAUCGGGUUUAAACACGUCUCAAACCGUGAUAAAUCAAAUCAUCAACCGGUACCUGAAACGGAAGAAGAGAAUGUAAUAUAGAUGAUACAUGCAAAAAGCAAUGAGCCAAGAAAGCCCUCGAAUAAAAUCAACAUUAUAUCAAUGAGGAGUUUGUACAUAGACUUAUUUUAUAUUUUCUGUUUGAUUUUGAUAUUUGAUAUGUACACGAUAUAAAUGUUUACAAAACAAAAUGUAUCUACUUU